CCCCGAGGACGGGGAGCGGCCCCCCCUGGCCGGUGGGUACCGGGCGGGGGGCGGCGGGUGCCGGCAACUUGUGUUCGGCGUCCGGCGGUACCGACCGGGGGGACCCCCCGCCGCUCUACCCGAGGAGAUUUGGGUUUAAACUUUGGGUUUUGGGGAGCCCCGAAGAUGCCUUUCCACCCGGUGACGGCGGCGUUGAUGUACCGGGGGAUCUACACCGUCCCCAACAUCCUCGCCGAGCAGCGCCCCGUGGAGAUCCCCGAGGAUGAGCUGGAGGAGAUCCGGGAAGCCUUCAAGGUGUUCGACCGGGAUGGCAACGGGUUCAUCUCCAAGCAGGAGCUGGGCACGGCCAUGCGCUCCCUGGGCUACAUGCCCAACGAGGUGGAGCUGGAGGUCAUCAUCCAGCGCCUCGACAUGGACGGUGAUGGGCAGGUGGACUUUGAGGAGUUUGUGACAUUACUGGGGCCCAAACUGUCCACCUCGGGCAUCCCGGAGAAGUUCCACGGCACCGACUUUGACACCGUGUUCUGGAAGUGUGACAUGCAGAAGCUGACGGUGGACGAGCUGAAGCGGCUGCUGUACGAGACCUUCUGCGAGCACCUGUCCAUGAAGGACAUCGAGAACAUUAUCAUGACGGAGGAGGAGAGUCACAUGGGCACGGCCGAGGAGUGCCCCGUGGACGUGGAGACCUGCUCCAGCCAGCAGAUCCGCCAGACCUGCGUGCGGAAGAGCCUCAUCUGCGCCUUCGCCAUCGCCUUCAUCAUCAGCGUGAUGCUCAUCGCCGCCAACCAGGUGCUGCGCAGCGGCAUGAAAUAGUGGGGUCACCCCGCGGCCCCGCGGCGAGCAGGAGAGAGCUAUAAAUAUAUAUAAAUAUAUAUCUGUACAUCCAUCCGUGGCCCAGAGACGUGCCCCCCCCGGGAGGGGGGCGGCGAGGGGCCGGGGGUGUCCCCGCCGUGCCGGGGCGGUGCCAUCGCAUGGAGACUUCGGUACCGACACCGCCGCCCCCCGAGCCCCCCUCGCCGGGCAAAAACCAACCCGUAAGUGCAUGGAACGUGCAUGGAGCCCCGUGUGCCCCCUCCCCGCGCCGGGGCCCGCGGCCCCCCCCGCGGCGGAUCCCGCCGGAUACUCCGAUCCAACGUUAUAGCUCGUAUUUAUGAUAAACCAAAUCAUCCCCUAAGCAAUACACGCGCCUGAGAUGGUUCCUAGAGCCGGGAGCGUUUGCAUGGACUUGGCUGCCAAGGGCUGGAUUUCACCCCCCCCCCUCAAAGCCCACCCCUGUCCCCCCUCCCUGUGCCGUGCCUCGAUUUCCCCACCUGCCCAGUGCGGGGACAUUCCUGACCUCCUGCUUGAUGCACUUUGAGCCGACCCCCCUUGGGAAGAGCCGGAGCGACCCCAGCCCGGGGAGCCCUGAGCCCCCCGAGCCCCCCCAGCCUGUAUGUAGCACCCACCUGGGCACUGGACUGGUUCGGAUUUGGGGCCGUUUCUCAUUCUUUGGGGGGAGUUUUUGGGUUUUGGGGUGGGUUGGGGUUUUUUUUCGUUCUUCCUGGUUGGUUGUUUCCGAUCUGAAAUAAAAGUGGGAUUUCUGAAGCG